AUGGUGGUCGGAAGCGUCCUUGGAUACGCCGGACUCGGCUUCCUUACCCGCUGCUACGCACUCGGAUUGCAGAAGAGGAACAUCUUUGACAACCUCGGAGGCCACGCCAUGGUCAUGACGGCGUUUGGAGGACUGGGAUACUACUUCCACGGCCUCGAGGGACGACAAGAGGAGCUCAUCGCAAAGAAAAAGGAGCAGAUCCUCCAGAACCGCCAGAGGAUCUCGGACGCCGCUGCCGCCGCCUCCAGCCAGGAGUAG